UUGUUCCUAAAUUGGUUUUGCAUCACCAUCUGUUUGCCAGAUUCUCCAGAGCAGUACGUUACCAUCACCAUUUUCUCCCCAAAUUCCAUCCCUAGGGGUUCUAUUUCUCUAAAUCUUCAAAAUUUGUCCCUCAAUUCCUCUUCUUCCGGGUAUGGCCGGUAUUCGGUUACCUCCGGAAGACACCGAUAUCUCACAGGCAAGAGCCCUCUCAACCGCCGAUCUGAUCUCCGAUGACGACCGUUCCGUUGCGGCUGAUUCUUGGUCCAUCAAGAGUGACUACGGGAGUACUCUUGAUGAUGAUCAACGUCACGCCGAUGCAUCUGAAGCUCUAGCAGCGGCCAUGUAUCGUGCCGCCUCUGAUUAUAGCUCUGAUAAGGAAGAACCUGAUGCGGAAACAAUUACAUCGAUGCUGGGCUACCAAAGUUACUGGGAUGCAGCAUAUGCAGAUGAAUUGACAAAUUUUCGUGAACAUGGGGAUGCUGGUGAAGUUUGGUUUGGUGCAGAUGUCAUGGAAAUGGUUGCGUCCUGGACAAAAGGAUUAUGUGUAGACAUAUCUCAAAGACAAGUUCAAAAUCACCAUGACAAUGAUGAUUCUGAGUUUGUUAGCCAAGAGGAGAAAGAAAUAGCAGCUUGGAGUGUACUUGAUGUUGGGACCGGCAAUGGGCUGCUUCUUCAAGAGCUCUUUAAGCAGGGGUUUUCUGAUCUCACUGGAACAGAUUAUAGUGAAGGAGCAAUUAACCUUGCUCGAAGCCUUGCUCGUCGUGAUGGAUGCACUAGCAUCAAACUCUUGGUUGAUGAUGUUCUUGAAACGAAGUUAGAUAAGAAGUUUCAGCUGGUUAUGGACAAGGGAACUUUAGAUGCUAUUGGUCUGCAUCCUGAUGGACCUGUCAGAAGGAUUAUGUAUUGGGAAUCUAUGUCAAGACUUGUAGCUCCAGGUGGCCUACUGGUGAUCACAUCAUGCAAUAAUACCAAAGAAGAAUUGGUGCAAGAAGUGGAAAACUUCAAUCAAAGAAAAAUUGGCUCCUCCCAGGAAGAAGCCCCUGGGGAUGCAAAGACAAGGCGACACCCGGAUUUUUUCUGCUACUUGGAUCAUAUUCGUUCAUAUCCAACAUUCGUGUUUGGAGGUUCGGUUGUGUCACGUGUUGCAACAGUUGCAUUUGUGUUGGGUCGAUUGGUUUGAGCAAUGGGUGUGUUUGUUUGAUUGGAGAUAUGAAGUAUGGUGUUUGUUAGGGCUAGUAAAAAUUGAUGAAACCUUUGUUGGUGAAAAACAAAAAAAAAAACAAAGUUAACAUAGAAGACCAAUGAUGUGUGGAAUCCAAGUCCUUCUGUUUUCAUGCAAGCAUUGGCUUUUCCAGAGUGCUUACUACAGAUUACAGAAUACAGAUGAUAGGGUUAUGUAAUUGUGGCCCACCUUUGUUGGUUAAGGGAUGACCGGUUCAAGGCUUUUGAUG